CAACAAUAAUAAGAACGGACGCAUCAGCGGUACUUCUCUCCCAGCCCGCCAUGGCCCCCAGCGUACCGCCGCCACAGCGCCACCAUUCGGGCGACGCGCACCCCCUCGCCACCCCGACCCGCCACUCCGCACACCGCCCGCAUGCAGCCACAAUCUCCACGUCCCGCCCCGCAAACGCCCUCCUAGACACACCCCGCUCCUCCCGGCCCCCCCUGAAUCGCAAGCCAUCAGCCACAGCCAAGCCAUGGGACCAUCUCGAAUCCCUAGCAAAGGACGAACUCUCCAUAGUCGACACCAGGUUCGACCUCAUGUCCGACGACGAACUGUAUGAAUACCUGCAACAUGUACCGGUUGCUCCUGAAGAUCCAACGCCUCACGUAGAACUCUCGGCUCCUGUUUUCCCUGCGAAUGAACGGACAAGUUCACCUGCAGGUCCAUUAUACACGGCCCAACUACCUCCGUCAGGCGAUAAAUCUCCUCUCUUUCCACCUUCGCCACCUUCACUGCAGAAUAAUGCACAGAUCACCGACCAUCCGCUGCGAGUGCUUAGCAGAGCAGUUAGAGAGUUGAGAGAGGUUAUUGAGAGGUUGGAAGACGAGAAUGCGAGGUUACGUAUGAAUCAGGUAGAGAGAAAGCCUGCAUCUGGCAGAGCGACAGAUCAAAUAUCAAUUCACGAUGAUUUAAAUGAGGCUAUAUCCACGUCUCUCACAUCUACACCAUCCUUGCGUGAGAUACCCUCAAGGACAUCGGCACUGAACAUUCCGCAAUCUGAACUACCUUCUUUAUCGCCAACAACCUCCCGUUUCCCCGCAGGAUUCUCUCCAUCUUCCUCCAAUUCAAUACCUUUUACGUCAACUCCAGUUGAUCUGCCUCAACCUGAUGCUGACGCAGCAAGUAUAAAUGAAAAUCAUGAUAGGAAAUCUUCCCGGCAAUCUUGGACAUCUGGUCUCUGGGUUUGGGGUAAUAAGAAAAACUCUGUGACGAAAAGGAGCAGUAUGGGGUCUGUAGCGUCUGUCAAUCAGCCUGUACCUCCCAGUCCCAACGCUAUACCUAGAUCAACACCAGAGCAUGAAGACGAAGAUGAGGCUUGGAGGAAAGGUGACGGUGGAAGCAGUCCUUCAUACAGAGCAAUCUUCCUCGCAACACGCAUACUUACUCCGGACCCUUCUUCCAUCCUUGUACCGACAGAAACGCCGCCAAAACCUCUUAUUGCCCAACUUGCACAUUCCCUAGUCAGCAACGCGCGAGAUGAAGGAAUUGUAGCCAAGGAAGCUGUGAAUCGCCGCCGAUCAAGGGACCUUUCACGAAGUCGGGCCAUCUCUCUUGGAGGCCAAGAACGUUCUCAAACCGAUGAGGCUAGGAAUAAGGAUAGUAAAGGCUACGGUGAUUCUGCUUUGACCGCUACGGCUUUACUGGGAAGAUCAUUGCUGUCAUCCGUGACUGGUGCUACCAUAAGAGGUUCCAGGAGCGGCGCAAGUGUCGUUAACGAAGAGACCCGACCUUCUGUUUUGAGUAGAGGGUCGUCAGGGCAUGGGUUUCCUGUGGCAGCAGCCCCGUCCUCACCAGCGAUAAGUCACUCUGCAGCAGUGGGAAGCCCUCUUUCCGAGGCAGCUCCGCUACCUUCUGUAGAGCUUUCUUCGAUAGUACCAGACGAGAGUAGGCCGCCGACAGUUUUGCUAUCUCGCGAAAACCUUGGGUCGUUCUUCCAGUCAAAUAGAGUCAAUAGAGCCAAGAUGGUGACCGCCAGUCGAUUCGAGUCGGAUAAGCCACCACUGACUGAUCGAUAUGGCUUUAUUUAUGACAUUCAACAUGCUAAAAUGCUUAAAGAUGCGUCAGUGGCGGGAACCCCUGCUCCGAUGUCUUUGAACGGCACAUUGUUCAAAAAUGACGACCCAGAAGAGGAAGGGUGGAUUGCAAAGCAUCGUCGAGGAUCUCACGGAAGUCAAAAGUCGGAUUCCAAAAGCAUUAAAAAUACUGGCGAUGUGAGAGAAAAUAGUCAGCUAGCAUCUCCACGCCCUUCAAUCGAUUCAACGUCAUCAAGUACACAAGCCCCGUCUCGAUCAAGCGACACGCCCGAAAGUGUUGCUUCUCCGAAAACACGUUCAAGGUCAUCUUCUCACGCAGAUCAGCAUAGACAUCGGUCUAGUACCCUCCUCAGCCUCAAUCCGUCACCUGCUCGACCAGUUACAGGCAAGGACCACUUGACAGUUUCCGCUCGCGGUUCAUCUAGUCUUCAUUCGGGCGUCUCACCUUCCAUUACUUCAACCACAGCGCCUCAACCCAUCUCUGCCAGCUUAUCCAAACCCAUCCCACCAAUCGAAACAUCCACUAAUGUCAGUCGCGUGACCAUCUCCAGCCUACUCGACCAACUGACCGAUCUCCAUGACCGACAACAAAAAGAGCGUGUAGCGGAGUGGGAUGUGUUCAUCAAGAAAAGAGCAAAGAGUAGAGCGGCGGAUAAAGGUCAUGGUUGGACAGCUGGACUGAUAGGUGUGAGUCAGAUGGGGUUGAGCGGGAAGGGACAGGAAGAUUGGAAGACGUUUUCGAGGUUGACGAGAAGAGGUAUACCCUUGAAAUACAGAGGGGACAUUUGGGCAGAAUGCUCUGGCGCCAAAGAUCUCAUGGUACCCGGGGAGUACGCCGAAAUUCUCAUCGUACAUAAAGACGAUAUAAGCCCAGUUAUGGCUGACAUUGAGAAAGAUGUCUCAAGGACGUUUCCUGGGAACGUGUUCUUUGGCGGUGAUGGUCCAGGGGUGGAAAAACUGAGGAGAGUUCUUGUGGCUUAUUCAUGGUACAACCCUGGUGUCGGAUAUUGUCAAGGGAUGAAUAUGGUCGCCGCCACCCUGUUGCUAACACACAGCGAUGAAGAACAAGCCUUCUGGAUCCUGAUCUGCAUCAUCGAUCGCCUUCUUCCCCCAAACUACUUUUCCCCAUCCCUCGUUGGUUCUCGUGCCGACCAGCUCGUUCUUUCCCAAAUUGUUGCGCAGAUAUUACCCAAGCUUCACGCUCAUUUCGUGGCGCUUGGUGUUGAUCUGGCUAGCAUCACGUUCGGCUGGUUCCUCAGUCUUUUUACGGACUGUCUUCCCGUCGAGACUCUAUUCCGAGUUUGGGACUUGUUCUUUGUCGAAGGGCAUGAUAGCAUCUUCCGUGUCGCCGUUGCUAUACUCAAAAUUAACGAGAUCGAGAUCUGCAACUGUAAAACUGUUGGAGAUCUUUUCACUUUCAUCUCCGCAAUGACUUCUAGACUUUGGGCGGCGGAUAAGCUAGUCUCAUUACAACAUAAUUUCAAACCAAUCAUUAGACACACGGACAUUACAGCAAAAUGUGAAAAGGCGAGCGAAUUGCUCGAGAAGGAAGCAGAGGGCGCGUAAAUGCUUUAUUCAUGUUCUAUCUCUUAUCCUUCUCACCUUUGUUGUUUGUGACAUAUGACUCGCAUUAUAGCUAAGCAUCAUUUGUUGUUAAUAUCAUACAUUCAAUCAUGAAAUAAGAUU